AUGAUUCUCGAGAGAUCAAGGACGGGGAAAGAGCAGCGAUUUUCUCUCGUCCGGGUUUCGAUCGCAGGCGAUUUGGAUACGGAAGAAUUACGAAAAUACGAUGACAUACCUCCAUCAAAAUCAGAAUGGCCAGGAGAUGAGUCCGAUCCAGAGAGCCUGAACGAAGAAGAGGCCAGAGCGAAAAGCCCACAUGACCUACUACUCUUCGCAUCUAAGAAUAACCGUGUCGAUAUUGUCAAAAAUUUCAUGAACAGUGGUCAGCUUUCCGCCAUCAUCAACAAACACGACGAGGACGGGUACACAGCCCUGCAUUGCUGCGCCUAUUCGAAUUCGGUCGAAGUCGCCUUGCUCCUGAUCGAGUGUGGGGCAGAGAUCGAAGCGCGCAGCGGAGACGGAUGGACGCCGCUGCACUCCGCCGCCAGAUGGAACAACGACGAAAUGGCGAGCAUCCUCCUUUCGCGCGGCGCGGAUGUCAACUCAAAGACUAACGGAAACCUGACAGCACUACAGCUAGCCGCGUCCGAGAAAGAAAUGCUCAACGUUAUUUCCGUUCUUGUAGCGGAGCCCCAUUGCGACGUUUCAACUGAAAACGACGGGGGUGACAGUGCCCUCGACCUGGCAAGACGAUACUGCGGCUUUGAAAGCGCGCUUUUCUGCAGAGACGAGUCUUUCUUCCUUUGA